UAUAUAUAUUAUUGUCUUCGAAACCCAUUACUUUGACUGUAACGGUUUUUGAAUGCGAAUGUUAUAAACAACAAUUUGAACAUCUUUUUUCGUGUUUAUCUAGUUUAAGUUAAUCAAAUCAAUGGCACCAGCUGCCGCAGCAAGUAAUAGCAACUGGCUAUCGUUUUCUCUUUCUCCUAUGGAAAUGUUGGCUUCUUCUCAUCAAACUCAUAAUCCUCAGAUUCCUAUUAAUUCCCCUUCUCCUCAUCAUUACUUUCUCGACCCGUUUUACACCACCGAUUGGGGGAAUCAGAAAGGAGCAGGAAUGGGAAUGUACACCGACUAUGUGGUGGACCAGCAGAUAGACGAUAACAACAACCACCACCAACAACACAACAAUACGGCGUCGUACAACAACACAGUACCAAAACUGGAAGACUUCUUUGGCGGUGAUCAUCACCAUCAAAAUAACAACAACAACAAUACGGCGUUGUACAACAGCCAAAACGAGUCAACAACUCAGGACUCAUCCUCUCAGUUGACUCACCUCUACGAGCCACACCACCACCACCACCAACAACAAAACUCGGUCGCGGACUACUUCACCAACCAACACCACCACCACCACCACCAACAACAGCAGGAUCUGAAAGCCAUGGCUUCUUCAGGCGGGUACCAAGGUGCAUUUUCUGGUAACUCGGGUUCUGAAGUCGAUGACUCUGCUGCGACUCAUCUUGGGGCGGAGUUUCUCGGUCAUUCUAUUGAGUCCACUCACACCGACUUGGUUCCGAGUUUUGCUGCUGCUACUACUACUACUAAUAAUAAUCUUAAUAACAAUAGUAGUAAUAGCAACAAUGGUGGGAAUUUGUCGCUUUCUGUAGUUCCGCAAAAUACAGAAAAAUCAAUUGUUGCUGUUGCUGCUGAUUCUGAUAAUAGUAUUAAAAAGAUUUCUGAUACUUUUGGUCAAAGGACCUCCAUUUACAGAGGUGUUACUAGGCAUAGAUGGACUGGAAGAUAUGAAGCACAUCUAUGGGAUAACAGCUGUAGAAGAGAAGGGCAAGCAAGAAAAGGGCGUCAAGUCUAUUUAGGUGGGUAUGAUAAAGAAGAAAAGGCAGCUAGGUCAUACGACUUGGCAGCUCUUAAGUACUGGGGCCCCACUGCCACCACCAACUUCCCGAUAUCUAAUUAUUCUACAGAAUUAGAGGAUAUGAAACAUGUGACUAAGCAAGAAUUCAUUGCUUCACUCAGAAGGAAAAGUAGUGGUUUCUCUAGGGGUGCAUCUAUUUAUCGGGGUGUCACAAGGCAUCAUCAGCAAGGGAGAUGGCAAGCUAGGAUAGGCCGUGUUGCUGGCAACAAAGAUUUGUAUCUUGGAACAUUUGCAACUGAAGAGGAAGCAGCCGAGGCCUAUGACAUAGCAGCCAUCAAAUUCAGGGGUGUAAAUGCAGUCACCAACUUCGAGAUGAAUCGCUAUGAUGUUGAGGCUAUCCUUAAAAGCAACCUUCCUAUCGGUGGGGCUGCCAAGCGCUUGAAGCUUGCUACAGAGGCAGCUGAUCAGAAACCAACACUCAGCCUAAACCAACAAUCGCGUUCAAGCAAUGGGAGUAGCGGUGGUACAAGCAGCACCAUUAACUUUGCUGCCAUCCAAUCUGUUCCUCCCAUUUCAUGUGCUGUGCCAUAUGAUGCCGCAACAGCCAUCUUCCACCAGAACCUGUUUCAUCACCUGAAUUCAAAUGGUGGAUCCCACCAGGCAGUUGCUUCUCCUGAGGCUUAUGGUUCGGGUAUGGGGAUUUCUUCGGUAGCUCCAAUGAUGUCGCUGAUGCCACAGACGCCUGCAGAGUUUUACAUAUGGCCUCAUCAAUCAUAUUAACAAGGUGAAUAGGUGAUCUACUAACGGGGGUUGAGAGUUUAGAAGGUUUUAGGUAUUAGUUCAGCUUAAAUUAGUGCUAUUGAUCAAAGAAAAAGCUAAUUUUGAAUCCCAGAGAUGUCUCUUAUUAUUAACAGGUUUUCCCUAUCGUUCAUUCUCAGCUGACCCAACAUUGUCUUUUGAUCUUAGAAUCUGACCCAUUUAGCCUCCUAGUGUAGUGACUAGUGAUUAACCUUUGACAAGGCUGAUGUUAUAGAACUCUGGGGUUUCAUUUUGAAAGUUGGUAGAAAUUAGAGGCAAAUACUGGAAAUUUUGUGCAUGUAUAGUUAGCUUUAUUUUCAAUAGCUGCAUCGCGAGAUUGA